GCUUGUCAAACGCCAAUACUGAAACAGAAGAAGAGCCGAUCAUUCAGCCUGACUGGGGACGAAGUUCUGCAGACUCAGAGCAGCAACAUAUUUCCUGAUAAAGCUGAUAAAGACAGAGCCUAAAUGGAUCUAACUGAACAGAUCAACCAGUUGGAGGCAGACUUGCAGGAGUUGGGGUCCCUUUUGGAGAAGGCUGAGAGGAAAAGAGUGCAGGAGCUGUUAAAACAGGAGCAGAAGAAGGUGGAGAAGGAGCUUGCAAGCAAACGACAGCAGAAGGAGCAACAGACCAGAAGAGAGACAGACCCAGCUGCAGCCUCUAAAGCAACGUACACAGUCAAGAUCACCAGCUAUGCGUGGGACCAGUCUGAGAAAUUUGUCAAAAUUUACCUUGCAUUGAAGGAUGUGCACAAAAUUCCAUCAGAGGACGUGGAAGUCAACUUCACAGAAAGGUCAUUGUCUGUGCUGGUGAAGGAUCUAGAUGGCAAAAACCAUCAGAUGACAAUUCUCAACCUGUUGUAUCCAAUUGAUGAAAAGGACAGCUACAAAAAGAUAAAAACAGACAUGGUUUUGGUCAUGUGCAAGAAGCAGGCAACAAAGAAGUGGGACUGCCUGACAACGGUGGAAAAGCAGUCAAAAGAGAAAGACAAACCCAGCAUGGAUGACAGUGCAGACCCCAGCGAGGGCCUGAUGAGCAUGCUGAAGAAGAUCUACGCAGAGGGGGAUGACGAAAUGAAAAGAACCAUCAACAAAGCCUGGUCAGAGUCCCAAGAGAAGAAAAUAAGAGGAGAAGACAUGAUGGACUUGUAAACACUGCCGCUUUUCCACAGCAGGACCGAAUGAGAGCUACGAGGGCUGUAGCAGGCUUGACUUAAAUAUUAAGUAUUGGAACUGAAGUCCAGCGUACAAAGCUCAUAAAUGAUGUGUCAGGAAUAACAUUUAAGCCCUGAGUGGCCUUAUUUUGGCCCUGCUUUGAAAACCAGACUACCACUGUCCUGUGAGUCAUGGCUAGUCGCAGAUCUCAUAAUGAAUUGUCAGGAAAAUGUCUGCAUAAACACGAGGCCGUUGUCCACCAGAGGGCAACCUUCAUACAGCAAGUCAUUCCAGCGUUUCAUCAUCGUUGAUGUUAGGUUUCAACACUCAGGAGUUGUGUAGGGAGUGGCAUCUGUUUGCCUGUUUGUAUUUCCCAUCACCUUAAGCGGUUACUUCUGACUACUGUGGAGGCUUGGAAUCUAAUGUUUUAUUAGUCUUUCUGGUGAAGUAAUUUAAAAAGAGAAGGGACCACGAUGCAGUUACUUUUGUAGCUCUUGUUUUUGUUUUCCUUUCUUGUGUCAGACAUAAAGGUCUGUCAGUCUUCAUGGUUUAGAUUAGACCAGAGUACACAUAAUUGGUAAAACUCGUCAAUAUUGUGAAUUCGGUGCAGCGAAACUGAGCUGACAUUUAAGAGGUUUUCAAAUGUACGUUUGCCAAAGCUGACUCGCAUUCCUGUUGAACACAAACAGUAGGCUCUUUUCACAUCAGCCUUUUGUGUUCUUCUCAUCCCGUAAAUAGAUCAAAUGAUAGCUGCAAAUACAGUUGUAACCUUGCAUCAGUGCAGUGCAAUAAUUGACAGUAGCGCAUGCAUCUGUGUGUCAGUCUUAAUGUAUUCUGCUCAGUCCUGCUGCAAAAUGUAAAUGCUCUGACAGUUCCGUGUAAAUUGCAUUAUUGUAGUGUGGGGCAGUUUCCUAGUGUCAUUUCUAUGUAUGGUAGUACUGUUUGAAUUGUAAUUUUCCUUCCAACAUUCUGUUUUUUUAUUAUUCUUUUACAUGGGCUGUUGUCAUCAUCUUACAUUUACUGUUGCCUGUCCUCAGGCAAGUGUCAGUGCACUUCCAACAAAUACAACUGUGGAUCUGAGUUA